GGACAGUGGGCAGAGCCAUCAGGCAGAGAGACAGUGACACAGACAGGAGGACACAGAGACAGACAGAGGGACAGCAGGCUGAGCUCCGGCAGUCAGUCGGUCGGUCGGUCGGUCGGUAGGUAUGUAGCAGCAGCGGAGGAUUAUCAAAGGAUUAUAAUCUAACCCCGCCGAGGAUGAGCCGCUCCCCGGCCGCCUGAAGGAGACUCAAACCCCGCCGUUAUUCCGCUCAUCUUCUCCGUCUGGACCAAAAUGGCGAACGAGUCCCCGGCCAAGAGUCUGGUGGACAUAGACCUGGCGUCCCUCAGGGAUCCGGCCGGAAUAUUCGAGCUGGUGGAGGUGGUCGGAAAUGGGACGUACGGACAAGUCUACAAGGGUCGACAUGUCAAGACGGGUCAGCUGGCGGCCAUCAAGGUCAUGGACGUCACCGAGGAUGAAGAGGAGGAAAUUAAGCUGGAGAUCAACAUGCUGAAGAAGUACUCCCACCACAGAAACAUCGCCACCUACUACGGAGCCUUCAUCAAGAAGAGUCCUCCAGGUCACGAUGACCAGCUCUGGCUGGUGAUGGAGUUCUGCGGCGCCGGUUCCAUCACAGAUCUGGUGAAGAACACCAAAGGAAACACGCUGAAGGAGGACUGGAUCGCCUACAUCUCCAGAGAGAUCCUCAGGGGAUUGGCUCACCUGCAUGCUCAUCACGUCAUCCACCGUGACAUCAAGGGUCAGAACGUGCUGCUGACGGAGAACGCUGAAGUCAAGCUGGUGGACUUUGGUGUGAGUGCUCAGCUGGACCGUACGGUAGGUCGGAGGAACACCUUCAUCGGGACACCAUAUUGGAUGGCUCCAGAGGUCAUCGCCUGUGAUGAAAACCCAGAUGCUACGUACGACUACAGGAGUGACCUAUGGUCCUGUGGAAUCACCGCCAUAGAGAUGGCUGAAGGAGCUCCUCCUCUGUGCGACAUGCAUCCAAUGAGAGCCCUCUUCCUCAUCCCCAGAAACCCUCCUCCUCGACUCAAGUCCAAAAAAUGGUCGAAGAAGUUCUUCAGCUUCAUCGAGGGCUGCCUGGUGAAGAACUACACUCAGCGUCCUCCGACCGAGCAGCUGCUCAAACACCCCUUCAUCCGGGACCAGCCCAACGAGAGGCAGGUCCGCAUCCAGCUCAAAGACCACAUCGACCGGACCAAGAAGAAGAGGGGAGAGAAGGAUGAGACAGAGUAUGAAUACAGCGGUAGUGAAGAAGAAGAGGAGGAAGCAUCUGAGCAGGAAGGAGAGCCCAGCUCCAUCGUCAACGUGCCAGGCGAGUCCACUCUUCGCCGUGACUUUAUCCGGCUGCAGCAGGAGAACAAGGAGCGCUCGGAGGCGCUGCGUCGUCAGCAGCUCCUCCAGGAGCAGCAGCUCCGCGAGCAGGAGGAGUACAAACGCCAACUGCUGGCUGAGAGGCAGAAACGUAUCGAGCAGCAGAAGGAGCAGAGGAGGCGGCUGGAGGAGCAACAACGGCGUGAGCGUGAGAUGAGGAGGCAGCAGGAGCGCGAGCAGCGCCGACGUGAGCAGGAGGAGAAGAGACGCAUCGAAGAGAUGGAGCGACGCCGCAAAGAGGAGGAAGAGCGCAGGAGGGCCGAGGAGGAGAAGAGGAGGGCUGAUCGAGAACAGGAAUACAUCCGGCGUCAGCUGGAGGAGGAGCAGAGGCACCUGGAGAUCCUGCAGCAGCAGCUGCUCCAUGAACAGGCCAUGCUGCUGGAGUAUAAAUGGCGGGAGCUGGAGGAGCAGCGUCAGGCCCAGAAGCUUCAGAGACAGCUGCAGCAGGAGCAGGCCUACCUGCUGUCCCUCCAGCAGAACCAGAGCCUGGAUCUUAACAGAACAGCCCAUCAACAGAGCCCCAAACCCCCACAGAGUCUAGACCAGGACAGGACAAAGCCCUUGCAGAGCCUGGACCAGGACAGGACAAAGCCCUUGCAGAGCCUGGACCAGGACAGGACAAAGCCCUCCCAGAGCCUGGAACAGGACAGGACGAAGCCCCCCAAGAGCCUGGACCAGGACAGGACAAAGCCCCCCCAGAGCCUGGACCAGGACAAGAUGAAGUCCCCUCAGAGCCUGGACCAGGACAGGAUGAAGUCCCCCCAGAGUCUGGACCAGGACAGGACGAAGUCCCCCCAGAGCCUGGACCAGGACAGGACGAAGUCCCCCCAGAGCCUGGACCAGGACAGGAUGAAGUCCCCUCAGAGUCUGGACCAGGACAGGACGAAGCCCCCCCAGAGCCUGGACCAGGACAGGAUGAAGUCCCCUCAGAGUCUGGACCAGGACAGGACGAAGCCCCCCCAGAGCCUGGACCAGGACAGGAUGAAGUCCCCCCAGAGCCUGGACCAGGACAGGACGAAGCCCCCCCAGAGUCUGGACCAGGCCAGGACGAAGCCCCCCCAGAGCCUGGACCAGGCCAGGACGAAGCCCCCCCAGAGUCUGGACCAGGCCAGGACGAAGCCCCCCCAGAGCCUGGACCAGGACAGGACGAAGCCCCCUCAGAGCUCUGAACCGGACCCAACUAAACUCCCGCAGCAUACAGACUCUGAAAAGACGAGUCAGAGUCACAGUCUGAAGAAAACUACACAACCCAGGCUUCCUGUCGCUGAGGUCGAAGGCCCCGCCCCUGACUCUGAGCCAAUCAGAGAGGCUGACGAGCGAUACCGGAAGAACAUCCAAGGUUCUCCUCAGGCAGCUCAGACCAAACCACAGCAGCCUCCGGUGCCACCGCGCUCUGAGUCCUCCUAUCCCAACGGGAACUCGGCGUCUGAAGCGCCCGCCAUGCACCGGCCUGUGGAACCACAGGUCCGUUCCCACCUGGCUGCUUUAAAGAGCAGCUUCAGCGUGACCUCAUCAAACUCCACCGUUACCACGCCGCCCGCUGUGUCGCGGUCGCACUCCUUCAGUGAACCGCUCGCCCCUAGCUUUGAAAACCUUCACCUUCGCCAGGAACCCCACCAUCACCCUCCAUCUUCUUCACCAUCCUCCUCAUCAUCAACGCCUGCACGCACUGACCCACAACAACAUUCUCAGCAUAGGCCCUUGCCGCAUGAAGCGUCUCCCUCAGAGGAGGCCCCGCCCAGGGUUCCUGUAAGGACUACGUCAAGGUCCCCGGUGUUGUCAAGGCGAGACUCGCCUCAUCACCAUGGCAACGCCUCACACAGCGGCCAUGCCGUGCACCGCAGCGCCGCCAGCGCAGCAGAGCCUCGGCUGCUGUGGGAGCGAGUGGAAAAACUGGUUCCCAGACCAACCAGUAACACCGGCAGCGGAGGCUCCAGUUCCUCCAGCAGCUCCAGUAACUCCAGCUCUCAGCCCGGCUCUCACUGCGGCUCUGGAGAGAGGUUCAGGGCCCGCUCCUCCAGCAAAUCAGAGGGCUCACCCCUCCAACGUCCAGAGAACGCUGGGAAAAAACCCGAGGAGAGAAAGGACGUGGUCAGGCCGAAUAGACCAGCGGACCUGACGGCGCUCGCCAAGGAGCUGCGAGCGGUGGACGACGUCCGUCCUCCAAACAAGGUGACGGAUUAUUCAUCUUCCAGUGAAGACUCAGACACCACUGAUGAAGACGACGAUGAAGAGGUAGACCAGGAGGCAGGCGAAGAGUCAACCUCCGGCCCGGAGGACUCCAGAGCUGUGUCGUCCAGGCUGAGUAACGGAGAGACGGAGUCGGUGAAGACUAUGAUCGUUCAUGAUGAAGGCGAGAGCGAUGCGGGCUCGACACCCUGCAAAGACAGCACACUGAUCGUCAGACAGAGCGCAGGUGACAACAGAAAGCGUCAGAGCCCGGGCCCUGCCCAAGCUCAAACGCCCGGCCCACUCGCGGGCUUCGCCCCGAGUCCCGGCUCUUUGCCGGGCCUCGUCCAUCACACCCCCAGCCCCCACCAUCAUCAUCACCACCACCACCAUCACUCCACACAGCACUCGGACAGGAACGGCUUUGCAGGCCGCAUCCACCACCUCCCAGACCUGAUCCAGCAGAGCCACCAUUCCUCUCCUUCCUCCUCUGCAUCCAACUCCCCUUCCUCCUCCAGCCUCGCCAGCCCCUCCACCAUGUCCCCCCAGAGUCCCCUGGACAAGUUCAGCAUCCUCAUAGAGAGCCAGUCCAGUAACAACAUGCAGAAACACAAGUCUUCUUCCUCCUUCACUCCGUUCAUCGACCCACGCCUCCUCCAAGUCUCUCCAUCCACCGGCAGCGCCCUCAACAACGUCGGCUACGGGAACGAUGCCCGGCUGGCAGAGGCGCUGAGGGCCGACCCAUCUCGGAAGGGCUCCGUGGUCAACGUGAACCCGGUCAACACUCGCCCACAGAGCGACACACCGGAGAUCCGCAAAUACAAAAAGAGGUUUAACUCUGAGAUCCUGUGUGCUGCGCUCUGGGGUGUGAACCUGUUGGUGGGAACAGAGAGUGGUCUGAUGUUGUUGGAUCGCAGCGGUCAGGGGAAAGUUUAUCCUCUCAUCAACCGACGGCGCUUCCAGCAGAUGGACGUCCUGGAGGGACUCAACGUCCUGGUCACUAUAUCAGGUAAGAAGAACAAGCUGCGAGUUUACUACCUGUCCUGGCUGAGGAACAAGAUCCUGCACAAUGAUCCUGAGGUGGAGAAGAAACAGGGCUGGACAACCGUCGGAGACCUGGAGGGCUGCGUUCAUUACAAAGUUGUAAAAUAUGAGAGGAUCAAAUUCUUGGUUCUGGCUCUGAAGAACUCGGUGGAGGUCUACGCCUGGGCGCCAAAACCUUACCACAAGUUCAUGGCCUUCAAGUCUUUCGGUGACCUGGUUCACAAACCGCUGCUGGUCGACCUGACUGUGGAGGAAGGUCAGAGGUUAAAGGUCAUCUACGGCUCGUGUUCAGGCUUCCAUGCUGUGGACGUGGACUCUGGGGCUGUGUACGACAUCUACCUGCCGACACAUAUCCAGACCAGCAUCCAGUCUCACGCCAUCAUCAUCCUGCCCAACACCGAUGGCAUCGAGCUGCUGGUCUGCUACGAGGACGAGGGUGUUUACGUCAACACCUACGGACGCAUCACCAAGGACGUGGUGCUGCAGUGGGGGGAGAUGCCGACCUCCGUGGCCUACAUCCGAUCCAACCAGAUCAUGGGCUGGGGAGAGAAGGCCAUCGAGAUCCGCUCAGUGGAGACCGGCCAUCUGGACGGCGUCUUCAUGCACAAGAGAGCUCAGAGACUCAAGUUCCUCUGUGAGAGAAACGACAAGGUGUUCUUUGCCUCCGUUCGGUCUGGAGGCUCCAGCCAGGUCUACUUUAUGACUCUGGGCCGAAGCAACCUGCUCAGCUGGUAGAGGUCCACGCCCUGCCCUCCUCCUCCUUCUCCUCAUCCUCCUCAUUGUCCUCCACCCUCGCUAACACUGGAUCUCAGAACCCACCGUCGAUGUCUUGUCAACCCUGGGACAACCACAAAAGAACAAAAUCAACAGCCAACCAGCAGCGAAGACUUCUUCACCUUCCUCUGGCUUUGCUAGCAUCAGAGCUCCGAGGCCGCCUGCGACGCAACGACAAGCCGUGAAGUCGUCGCCCCCUGAAAUGAUGAAAUCAAUGAUUAAUUAAUAUAUGAAAAGAAGUAGAAAUAAAUUCAAUGUGAAUUCAAGACAAGGGGGCAAACGACUUUGUGUUUCCCUCUUGGUUUUCUUGGUGCUCAUCAGUUUGCGAUGGGACAGAUUUUUGUACCUCUGCAUCAUCUCUGUGCUCCUGGGCUUGUCAGUAAGCUUGAGGUCUUCUAACUACUCGUACUGCUACCACUAUUAUUACUAGUACUGCUACUACCUUCUGCAGGUCUGCCUCUCAUCAGAGAGUUCCCCCUCUGCCCUGUAUUCCUGCCCUCCGCCCUUUCGUAUGAGUGUAUCGUGGGGCCGGAGGGGCAGAGUCUGUUGUAUUAAAGCUACAGUAGUGUGUGUUAAUGUACUUCUGUUUGGUCCAAUUACUGCUGAUGUGCUGGUUCAAGGUUGAGACUGUCAGCCGGGACAGACUGACUCGUCACGGAGCCAGUCAGGAUUAGGGGCGGACUGACAAGCAGAGCAGAAUAUUUGAGGUUCUACUGUAAGUCUGAUCGAUGGGACUCGACAGGUGGGUGUGUGUGUGUGUGUCGUUGAAGUAUCGUGUUGUUUGGACAGGUGCUUUCAAAGGAGGAGGAUGACAGAGAGAGAGAGACGCUGAAGCAGACGGAUUUCAAAAUAGUAUUUUUUGAAUUAUUAUUAUUAUGAUUAUUAUUAUUAUUCCUUGAAGAUAAGUGUAACUAUGUGGAGUGUCUUUAACCUUGUUUUUUAAGAUUUACGCACAUCCACCCACAGUUUGCUUGCUUUGACUCUGAACCCCCAGACUGUGUGUUUGUCCGAGAGGAAGUGAUGUGGGUGUGUUCCAAAAGAUUAAAUAAGAUUAAAGGUGUCUAUGUAAAAUAAAAGUUUGUUGAAUCUUCCAGAUAGUGUCAGUGGUCCUGUUUCAACUGGUCCAAUGUGACCAUCAUCUCGGGUGAUCGGGAGGUCGGCCGAUCUCAACUCGAGAACUGCUGUGAAUAGUUGGAUAUAAAAAAGAUUCGGAUAGUGAUACAGUCGAGGAGAAAGUUCAGUAUGUGUGUGUGCGGUCAGAGAGUUGAGCGUCAUCGAUGAAUCAGGUUUUUGUGGCAGAGGUAAACGCGCGGUCGGCAGGUUUGCUUCAGCAGUUUUUUUUCUAUCUUCCAUUUCAGAUCAUUUUCAUUUGUAUCAUUUGUAUGAAUGCAAUGCACUAUGUGUCAAGAAUGUAGAAAGACUUAUUACUGUGUGGUGGUCCAAGGCAUGAGAUGAUGUUUUUACUUUGUAUCUUGUCAAGUGAUCAAUCCUAGAUGUUCAAUUUAAGAUGACUGAAAGCUGCAGCAGCGGAGCCUCUAUGUCAGGUGUAGAUAUUUUAUUCUGUAUUUGUAACAGCUGUGCAGAAGCUCAGAGCACUUCAGAGCUGACGAGGGUUUCCUGCAUCUUUCCCAUCAAUGAGGACGUAAACCUUCUCAACACAAUGUCAGACUCUGGAUUUCAGUGUUACUGUGAUGAAAGGAACGAGCAACACGGAGCAGAACUUUUUCCUCACUCAGCUGUUUGCGAAGAAGACGGAAACCCACUUUUUGGGGAAGGAAUAGUUUUCUCUACUUCCUGCUCUGGCCGUUAUUUAAGUUGUCUGUAUAUGUGAAAGACUGGGCAGCAGACUGCAGCAUCGACCUCCCGCAGUGUUGAUCUCCUGCAGCAUCGACCUCCUGCAGUGUCGAUCUCCUGCAGCAUCGACCUCCUGCAGUGUCGAUCUCCUGCAGCAUUGAUCUAUUGAUCUUCUGCGGCGUUGAUCUGCAGCGUCGAUCUCCUGCAGCAUCGAUCAAUCUCCCACAGCGUUGAUCUCCUGCAGCGUUGAUCUAUUGAUCUCCUGCAGCAUCAUUCUCCUCCAGCAUCAAUCUGCAGCAUCAAUCUCCCGCAGCAUUGAUCUCCUGCAGCGUUGAUCUCCUGCAGCGUUGAUCUCUUGCAGCUGCUUUUCCACAGCGACUCUCAAAGAUUGCACACUGAAAAAAAAGGGGCAAAGGAGAGUCCGAUUUUUGCUCUCGCUUCAUGUCCAAACACGUCAGGUCACAAACACGUUUACCUUGAGUGUGUUUUUCUCCCUGACGGUAACGUGUUUUUGACAUGUAGGAGGUUACUGUCAGUCACUCAGUAACAGUUUGUGUCACAAACUUUCCUCCCCUCUUACAGAGAAGCCGUUUGGACAUCCCAAUGCUGUGUUGUCUGAGGUCUGUGUGUGCAGUAGUACCCAGUGUGUGUCUCUAAGUGCAUCAAAGCCUUGAUGAGUGGCUGUAUUGACUUCAUGAAAACAUUGUGGUUAUUAUUGAUAUUCUUCAUGGGCUAAAAAAGGAGGAGAAAUACCUGAUGAGAAAAAGCAGUCGCUUGCUGACUCACAUUGGAAAAAGUGCCAAGAGGGCAGUAUUUAAAAGGUGUUGGUAUGAAACCACUACUCUGAAAUCCUUUUUAAAAGAUCACUUGAAGCAUUGUGUAUUCUUCAGUUUUAGAGCUAGUCGGAAAGCUUACCAAUAGUUUCUAUUGUUUCUGUAAGUCUAUGUACACGUAAAUAUGCGACUGCGGUGGUUUAAUAUUAUUACGCUCACCUUAGGUGGAGAAAAUGUUUACAGAGGCCAUGUUUUGUUACACUAAUGUGCAUCACCAUAUUUAUGUUUAAUGCAUCUGCAUCUUUUCAGUCUUUGUUUUUGAGCCUGUUUUUUUGGGGGGGAUAGUUUCUUUUGCCCCCCCCCCCCCCCG